CAUUGGGUAAAUAACAAACCACCCUUAUGUUGUAUCCUACCGCUGAGGAGUCACGAGAAGUUUUAGCUUUCACGAAGCUCCACUAAAAAUGGCCCAAAUGUGAGUUAGUGGAGAUGACACAGGUGACCCGAAUGAAAACGCCUUAGCCGGAAGGGCUUCUGGGGAGACGCGGACCCUUAUUUGUGUGAGGUUCGGGCUGCCUACUUUGUUAGCCCACCUGCACUCCGAGCGGAUUUGCUAUUGGAGGAACCACUGUGGCUGCUAGCGAAUCUCGUUAGCCGCUAACUACCGUAGCUAGUUACGAGCUAACUACAGCAGCUAAUAACAAGCUACAUAGCCGCUUCGCCCGAGUGAAGUGAACGGGUCGCGGGGUGUGGAGCGGCGCCGCUACUUUUGGAGGACUGGAUAUAUUUAAGGGAGGAAUUCCUUUCCGCCAGAAGUGGUGUUAUCAACCACGGUGGCAGCUGCAUUGUUGUGCCUCUCCCCUGCCUUCUUCUCAUUGUUGGCGAAGCCUCCUGGCUGCACACCGCCGAGUCCAUGCAUGCUAGCAAAGGCUGCAGCCAUCUACAGUGAUGUCUCAUUAGCCAACGAACAUUAGUGUUUUGCUUUUGGCCAUUUAUGUGUGUAUGCGGUCACUGGUACGAGCUUCUGGAGACUGACUGCAGUAUCAUCCCACCCCUGACGCCUGUAUAAUAACUGUACUUUCAUGUCGUAUCACCCGACAGCCAGUAGUCCCUCCAAAAGAACCAGACGCGGAGCAUGCAGGAAAAGAAAAUACUUCAGAUAAGUAGAUAGGGGACGUCGGACACAACUGAGAUAAUUUGGACUGUGUGGUUACUCAACCCCUCAUAACAGGGAUUGCAUUUGGAGAAAGGAAAGGAUGAAGAAGUUUUCCAGAAUGCCAAAGUCCGAGAGCGGCGGGCUCGGAGGGGCGUCCAGCUCCGGCUCCGGACUCAGCAGCUACUUGGGCAAAGUGUUUGCAAUCGGCCGGUAUCAGGUCACCGUGGACGAGCUUAUUGCAGAAGGAGGCUUUUCGGUGGUGUUUCUGGCUCGCACGCACAGUGGUGUCCGCUGUGCACUCAAAAGGAUGUACGUCAACAACGUCCCGGACCUAAAUGUGUACAAGAGAGAGAUCACUAUCAUGAAGGAGCUGUCAGGUCACAAGAACAUUGUGGGCUACCUGGACUCCACCAUCAACGCAGUGUCGGACAGCGUCUGGGAGCUCCUGAUCCUCAUGGAAUACUGUAAAGCGGGCCAGGUGGUGAAGCAGAUGAACCAGCGGCUGAAUGUGGGCUUCACUGAGGCCGAGGUCCUCCACAUCUUCUGCGACACCUGUGAGGCCGUGGCCCGCCUCCACCAAUGCAAGACGCCCGUCAUCCACAGAGACCUGAAGGUCGAAAACAUCCUGCUGAACGACCAGGGAAAUUACGUGCUGUGUGACUUCGGCAGUUCCACCCACAAGAUUUUGCUGCCGCAUAAAGAAGGAGUGACUGCCGUUGAGGACGAGAUUAAGAAGUACACAACGCUUUCAUACCGGGCGCCAGAGAUGAUUAACGUGUAUGCAGGCAAAGCCAUCACCACUAAGGCUGAUAUAUGGGCACUUGGAUGCUUGUUGUACAAGCUGUGUUUCUUCUCACUUCCAUUUGGGGAGAGUCAAGUUGCCAUUUGUGACGGAACCUUUAUCGUUCCAGAUGACUCCAAAUACUCGUUCAAGUUACACUGUCUAAUCAGGUAUAUGCUUGAAACUGACCCGGAGAAGAGACCAGACAUUUACCAAGUGUCCUACUUUGCCUUCAAAUUAGCUGGGAAAGAGUGUCCAGUGCCAAAUCUCUUUAACUCUCCCAUCCCUACGUCGCUUCCAGAGCCUCUAACUGCGAGUGAGGUCGCUGCUAGAAGGAGCAUGACGAAAGCCAGGAUAACAGAAUCCGUGGGCCCGACGGAAACAUCAAUAGCUCCCAGACAGAGGCCAAAGGCGGCAAACAGUAACGUCCUGCCGCUCGCCAACACUGUCACCCCUGUAAAGAUGACCGUGCCCUCAGCACCCGUCAGCAACGGUCAGAAAGCUCCCACCCCUGGCUCUGGGCAGCCCUCCGUGCAGCCCCAGCCCAGCAGUCAGCAGCACCGGGUCCUGCAGCAGCUACAGCCUGGUGACCUGCGUCUACAGCAGCUACAACAACAACAACAACAACAACAACAGCAUCACCACCACCACCAACAACAACAACAACAACAACAAGCAGUGCAGCAACAACAUGCAAAUGCACAGCAACUCCAAUACCUCCAGUACCAACAGGCUGUGCAGCAGUCCCUCCAGCUUCAGCAGCAGCAGGCCCUCCUCCAGCAGCAGCAGCAGCAGCAGCAGAUGAUGAUGCAGCCCAUGUACCAGCAGCAGAUUGCCCAGGCUCAGGCCCAAGCUCAGGCUCAGGCUCAGGCCCAGGCUCAGGCCCAGUACGCAGCCAUGCUGCACCAGUACCAACAGGCUUUUAUCCAACAACAGCAGCAGCAGCAGCAUCAUCAUCAACAUCAGCAGGAGCUUCUUCAUCAUCAUCAGCACCAGCAGCACCUUCAUCCCGCUCCGCAGACUCUCCCCUACAUGUCCUCCCCUCUUGAGUUCCAGAUUCCGCUGGGAUCCUAUAACACGACCCCUCCCACUGCUGGAGAUGUGCAGGUGGGGGGGCCGUCACCUGUCGACUCCUCAUACUCUAACCCCAGCAGGAACCCUCUCCUUGCUUCAGAUGGGAUCACGCCCCCCUCUCAGAGCAGCAACAGUACAGCCACUAACCCCCCCGACAUGUCGUGCUGGAACCCCUUUGGUGAGGACAACUUCUCCAAGCUGACCGAGGAGGAGCUGAUCGACCGGGAGUUUGACAGACUGCGAGCAAAUGAGCCAGGGGAGAGAACAUCCAGCGCUGAAAAGGAGCGAGCGCCGCCUGCCGCCUCCACCCUGCUGCCAGAGGACCUGUUCGGCUCAGUCCCGUUCGUGGCCAGCGCAGGUGCAGAUGGGACAAACUCUGAGCCGACCAAUGAGGAGGUCAGCGUUCUUGCCCUCAUCUCAACCCCAGAGGAUCUGCAACCAGUAGCGGCUAAGGAACACAAAGUGAGCAGAAAGAGCCACUGCGUCCCAGGUGAAGAGUCCGACAGUGACUUUGAAUCUGACCCUCCUUCGCCAAAGAGCAGUGAGGAAGAGGAGCCGGAGGAGGAAGAAGGCCUGAAUAGUGAACAUGGUGAAGACAAUGAGCCAGAGAACUUAGGGCAGAGGCCUCUGUUGAUGGACUCUGAAGAAGAGGGAGAGGAGGAUGAAGACAUGCACAGCUCCGACUCAGACUAUGACCCCAGCAGGGUCAGGAGCCACUCAAAGAAAGCUCUGGCCAGUAAAGCAGCUGUAGUGACCCCCAGGAGUUCUCCGGAGAGUCCUGCCAUGACUCUGAUUAGCCCUCUGGGAUCUCUGAGCGGAGUGAGAGCUGCUCCAGCUGAAGAUUCUGUGGAUGUGUUUGGUUCUGUCCCCUUCCUUGGAGGAACCUCGCCUGUCGGACCAACAGAGAACUCAGACAUCUUUGCUAAAGCCCCUUUCAGGCAAGUUAGCGACGAGCAGCUAACAAGGGACGACUUUGAUGUUUUUACCAAAGCGCCAUUCAACCGGAACCUGUCUAAGUCGGGCCAGAGCGGCAGUGAUGUAUCCACAGGCCAGACGCUCUCCAUUUCCCCUGAGCCCAUUGACAUUUUUGGCUUCUCUCCCUUUGAGCCAGGUGCCAUCGCCCCGUUCCCCACAACCUCCAGAAGCGCAGAAGAUAUCUUCCAUUCGUCUUUCGAGGAGUCGGCCAGCCCUCAGCAGCAGAGGCUAAAGCAGCGCAGCCUCCAGAAGCUGUCGUCCCGACAGAGGAAAAACAAGCAGGAAACCACAACAGGCGGCAGCAUCGGCAAACGCCACCACGGUACGCCAACCGGAGGUCGCAAGAGCAACAAGUCGACCUACCGCACACCUGAGAGAGUCCGCAGACACAAGAAGGUCGGCUGCAGAGACUCGCAGAGCAGCAACGAGUUCCUCAGCAGCUCCAACUCUAAAGAGAACAUCAGCGUUGAUAUAACCAUGGCCGAGGGGACAGACAAAGGAGCUUCUCUCCCAGUAGACGAGGUUCUUCUGGACCCUUUUGGAGCCAAGCCUUUCCAUCCGCAGGACGGCAGUCGGCACAGCCAGUAUCAAGGAGUCGCUGACAGCACAAGCGACAUGGGCCCAGCCAAUAGCAAGUCCUGGUCUGGCUCACUUCCCGACGAUCUUGAAGACAGCAGCAUGGAUGACUUCGGGGCGGUGCCCUUCACAGAAAUGGUCGUCCACAGUGGACCUGAGGAGGAACUGCCCUCACAGCCGGGGGACCUCGACCCGUUCGGAGCUGCACCUUUUCCAAUGAAGGAGUGACUUCCUGUUCUGCCAGGGGCUGUUAAAUAACACCCGAGCACUUUUUCUUUCUUUCUUUCUUGCGAAUAUCUUCAAUCAACCAUGAAACGACAAGCUAACAAAUGCAUCUUUUUUUAAAAGAAUAUUAUAAUGCAUCUCUAUUUGAAUAACAUCAAUCCUGUGGAGUGCGAGUGACGGUGCCACAUAUCUUUCAGCUGUUCCUGCUGAGAGCCUUUCAUGCUGCAUCUUAACGCUUGUGAAGACGUUUGAAGCGGAGCAGAAAACCUUCUCGGAAGUCCCACUGUGAUUAUAAGCUUAACGUUCGACUCGCUGCAAAAAGCUCUUUAUGGCUUGCCUUCUCAUCUACCAAUAUUAUUUUUUAGCACCUCAAAGCCUUACCUGAGCUAGCUAGGCUCUGCCUUGCCACACAGUCCCUCUGAAACCACGGCACAGACGUUGGCCUUUUUUGUCGCUGAGAUUCUUCGGGAAUUGACUUUAACCACUUUGUUUUAUUCUUAUUAGAUCUUUCUCUAUGCAUCAUUUAACUCUAGUAUUCACACAGCAAUGUGAAGCUGUCAUCUUUGUUGCAUUACACUUUCUAGAGGGGAUCACACUUUAUUGUACUUCCCUAAAAUGCUAAUUGAAUCAGGUAUACAUUUUGGCUCUUAACUGUUUUAUCCUUUUUAACCGUAAACUUUGAGGUAAGUAAUGUUCAUUUUAAAUGUGUAUUCUAUAACUCAACAUAUUUUAUUAGAAAUAAGGAAUGAAUAAAACACAAACACAUUA